CUUGUUCAAAUACUACUACUGAAUUCUGAUACUCUUCAUCUUCCUCAGCCUCAGCCGCUUAUUUUCCAGAACCACACUUACGAAUUACUCCUUUUUACCUCUUCUCUCAUCGCCUCUUUCUCUCUCUACUUCUCACCUCCUUCUUCUCUUUCAAUUACCCCCAAUUCGGUCAACUAACCCAACUUUCCAACCAAUUAACUCAGAUCUAAAACCCUAUUUUCUCCUGUCUUCACAACUCAAAAAACCGCAAAUAUGGAUUAUGAAUUUCGAUUUUGAUUUCUCGCUUCUUCAAAUUUACUAAACUGUUUAUUCUUUCGUCACACUAUGGCUGCCAAUUUUGGUGAUGGAUUAUUUGAUGCAUCUCAAUAUGAAUUUUUCGGCAAUCAUAUUGUUGAAGAAGUUGAGUUGGGAGGCCUUGAUGAAGAUGAGGAUAUACUUGUACCUGGAAUUGAAGAUGAUUAUCAACACGAACACGAGCACGAGCACGAGCAGGUUGAAGGUGUAGCAACAUUUUCUGAUAUUGAUGAUCUUGGUGGUGCUUUUUCACAGCUGAACAGGACAGUCAGUGAACCAAGAACUGGAUUUAUUGGUGAUAGGGGGUCCAGAGAAAGUUCUUCUGCAGCUGAGUGGGCACAGGAUAUUGAUUAUUCAAACUGGUAUGAUCAGCAUGUAUAUCGUCCAGAAGAUGGGCCUGAAAGCAAAAAGUGGUCCUCACAGCCAUAUGGUUCCUCUGUUCGUGCUGCAGAGUCAAAUAUAUUGCAUAGAACAUCAUCAUAUCCUGAGCCCCCACCUCAGCUUCUUCCUCAACGUCAUCAAAAUCUCUCCAGUGAACCGAUUCCCAUGCCUAGGUCUUCCUUCCCUUCCUAUCCUUCUUCUGGGAGCAGGCCACAAAUGCUUUCAGCAAACCACCAUCCUCAGCAUGCAAACAAUCCAUACAUUUCUGGUGGACCACAGAUGACACUGCAUUCACAAACAACCUUUUCUGGGCCUAUGUCUGGUUUACCUCAUAGCUCUCAUCUUGCUGCAAAUCUGCCGCACUUCUCUCCUCCUGGUCAUUCUAUGGAUGGUCGCCCUCCUGGUCAAUGGUUGAAUCGUGCCGACCUCAUGAACAAUAUGUUGCAGCAUCCAUUACCUCAUCAAAACGGAUUGCUGCCUCAGAUGAUUUCUCAACAGCAGCAGCAGCAGCAACAACAGCAACAUCGAUUGCACCAUCCAGUUCCUCCACCUUAUGGUAAUUUAACUGGGGUACAUUCUCAACUUAUUGGUCCCCAUAUGUCUCCAUCACCACCCAUGUUGAACAAAUUUGAUGCAAUGAUGGGGCUCCCUGAUUUCAGAGAUCAAAGACCUAAAUCAUCACAGAGGAAUAGACAAAAUAUACGGUACUCCCAACAAGGUUUUGAUACCAAUGGUCAGAGGACUGAUGGUGGGUGGCCAGUUUAUAGGUCAAGGUACAUGACAGCAGAUGAACUUGAGAAUAUUCUUAGAAUGCAGUUGGCUGCGACACACAGCAAUGACCCGUACGUAGAUGAUUAUUAUCACCAAGCUUGUCUUUUCAAGAAAUCUGCUAGUGCAAGGUUGAAACAUCAUUUUUUCCCCACUCAACUGAGAGAUCUUCCUCCAAGAGCUCGUCCUACUGAUGAGCCCCAUCCGUUUCUCCAAGUUGAGGCAUUGGGAAGGAUUCCUUUCUCGUCUAUCCGCAGGCCAAGGCCUCUUCUUGAAGUUGAUUCGCUGAAUUCAACUAGCUCUGGCAAUGGUGAACAAAAAGUUAUUGAUAAACCCCUUGAACAAGAACCUAUGUUGGCAGCAAGAGUGACUAUUGAGGAUUGUCUUUGUCUUCUUCUUGAUAUUGAUGAUAUAGACCGUUUCCUUCGAUUUAAUCAAUUUCCAGAUGGUGGUGGUGAACUGAGACAAAGGCGGCAAAGCCAGCUGGAAGGAUUAGCAGCCUCACUACAGCUGGUAGAUCCACUUGGUAAAGAUGGUCAAGCUCCAAAGGAUGACUUUGUAUUCCUACGAAUAGUUUCUCUCCCCAAGGGGCGGAAACUUCUUGCAAAAUUCCUAGGUAUGGUUUCCCCUGGAAGCGAGCUCCUCCGGAUUGUUUGCAUGGCCAUUUUUCGUCAUUUGAGAUUCUUGUUUGGUGUCCAUCCAUCUGAUCAAGCAGCUACAGAGGUGACUGCUUACCUUGGGAAAGUCGUAUCAUCGUGUGUAAGCGAGAUGGAUCUUAAUGGACUGGGUGCUUGUCUUGCUGCAGUUGUUUGCUCCUCAGAGCAGCCUCCACUUCGGCCCAUUGGGAGUUCUGCUGGAGAUGGUGCCUCUGUAGUACUGAAAUCAGUUCUUGACAGAGCAGCUGAGUUACUUAGAGACGCUCAUGCUGGUAGCAGCUAUAAUAUGGCCAAUUCAGCCUUCUGGCAGGCAUCAUUUGAUGAGUUUUUCAAUCUACUCUUAAAAUAUUGCUUGAACAAGUAUGAUAUCAUUGUGCAGCCAAUGCAAAUGCAGGGAUUGCCAAACUUGGCCACUGAUGUGGCUAAGGCUAUUAAGAAGGAAAUGCCAGUUGAGCUGUUACGAGCAAGUCUUCCUCAUACUAGUGAGCACCAGCGGAAACUGUUACUGGAUCUUGCACAUCGUUCUGUGCCUUUAGUUGGUUCUGGUGCUCAUGGAGGCAAUGGUAGUUUUGAUGGUUGAGAAUUUAUCACAUGAACUCUCAAAGCAUCAUUAAGCCGCAAAGGAAAAGGACUUCAACAGUGUCGCAUGUGUAAUUGAAAUGGUUUAUCAUCAUCAAUAUCAUUUUGGUUACUCAUGUUAUUGCCUAAGUGGAAGAAAGUGGUUGUUAAUCUUUAUGAAGCCCCCUGAAAUUUGAAUCUGUAAGAGGCAAGUUAAAAUUCUUUUUGGUUUUGUUCAUCUUUGGUGGAGCUUAUUUUUGAUGAUGCUCUCUAGUUAAAGUAGGAUGUACAAGGUUCAUAAGUGGUUCCCAUGUUCCUGUGUUAUUUGGUUUGAAGGAGCUGGGAGAAUUUUGCAAAUCACAUUGAAGCUCGAGAAUGGCCUUCUGCAGUUCCAUUUAGUUAUUCAUGCAUUUGGCUUCAAGCAGUAGAGCUUUCGUAGUUUGGGAUAUACUUAGAGAUGGUUGCCUCGUGAGCCAUGUAAUUUUACCAUGGUGACUCCAAGAUUAGAAUUGCCUUUGUCUUUGUCUUUGUCUAUGUAUAACAAUAAUAAACUCUGUUUAAGUUUAAUGUGGUUUAAAUUUUGGCUUCA